CGGUAGAAUUCGAGAGGUAACUCAGUUCAACAAAGAUCUCGUCUUAAGUAUUUUUUUUUUUUUAACAUAUUUCAGGUCCGAGCCUCCAUCCAGUCCAGCCAUCCUCGCUGUCUCUUUGGAGAAGUCAACCACUAACCAAACGAAUCCCACGUGGCUUAAUGAAGCCUCCGGAUGCUGGAGCACCAUAGACGGAGCAGCACCCGAUAUUGUGCUAUCAGAUAUGGCAACUAGUACCAACGAUCCGCAAGCUGUGCGGCCUCGGCCCGGAAACAGUGACGGGUCCAAUGUGAUGAUUCAUGACAAGACGCUCAUUUUGAUGCAGCACCGGGGGGAAAUUUCCGAUACGAGCAACUUGAUAUCGAAGGCCAAAUCCUCGAUAGAGCGUCGGCCAGGCAAAGAUGUUGUGCGAGACACGCUUGAGAAAACACCCGAAUUGGAUGAAGCUAUCAUCAGAGACCUGAAGGGGGGGCCUUCAGAAGGUGAUAUGGCGAACGAUGAUUGUCAGAGACAAGACAGAGAUCGCGCGGUUAUAGCCCGAAUAAGACGAGAGAAUGAUGCUAGCAUCGGCGGGAUCUCUCUCGUUGCAGCAGCAAGGGCUCUCGGGAGUUCUGGAAAGGCUAGGGAGAAUGCAAGAGAAGUGAUCAAUGACGUAAGCAAGGACAAGGGUAAAGGAAACAAGAAGGAAGGACAAAAGUCUAGUCCUAGAAACCAGGAACGGAAAACGGAAAAAGAGGCGAAACGUCGUUCAGUUCGUUCAGUUCGUUCUGCUGAGGAAGAGGUUGAACAACGCCGCAAGCGCCGUGACUCACAUCGGCCAUCUGACAGUAAAAAGAAGGACGAAUCUCGGCGAAAGGCUCCCGCAGAGGCGGAGAAGGAAAGGAUCGAGACUGAGGAAGAAUGGAGGAUUAGACGUGAAGAACGGAGCAUUAGACGUGAAGCGCGCAAGGCCGCGAUGAGAGCCGAGGCAGAGACAGCUAAGGCUGAAGAAGAGCGCAUUGCAAAUGAGAUAGCCGAAAGGCACGCGCGUUAUGAGGCCAGAAGGAAGGCAAGGCAGCUUGAAGCUGCAAAACGUAAAGAAGAGGAAGAGGCGGCACAACGAGAGCGUGAAGAAGAGGAGAAAGUGGAAUUACGGCCACGGAUCCGGCGUAUAUGGUUCCCGGGUCACCAUAUGCAAAUCCGGUGAAACCGCUGAGUCUUUCGUAUUGUCAGAUGAAAUGGGGUCUGAACUUUGUGUGUUGAACUUGACCGAAGAAAACUUAGCGGCAAAACGCGAGUGGAACAGAAAAAAGAAAAGCGCUACACCUCCACCAGGAACGGCCAAAGCCAAAACAGACAGCGGUGGGUAUCGUGUGACGCUGAGACGCUUGACCGAAGAGGAGGCAGCUGCGGAACGAAAGUGAGCGCGAAAGCUGCGAAGAGCCAAAGCCGGCGUCGUGAGCUCGUCAAGUACAAGCUGAUUGUAAUUGAUCUCCCGAGCUGUCUUUUACAGAAUCUCCUUCAUUGCAGUAUUUCAUGUCUCAGGUUUUUUUUUAUGCAGAA